AAAUUCAUUGUGGUCGCCUUGGCUUUUGUGGCAUGCGCCUAUGCUGAUAUUGCGGAAUUGGGUUACAGCUAUCGCAAGCCCACCCCAGCUCCCGUGGCUCCUCGUUUAGUUGUAGAACCACCUACGACUACCUAUAUCCCACCAGCACCAGUAACUCACCUGGUUAUUCAACAACUCAAGAAGACCUACCUUCCUCCGGCUCCAGUUACUCCUCAUGUUCAUGUUGUAGAACCCCAGAUAUAUCCCCCAUCACCAGUAACUCGCCAUGUUGUGGUUGAACAACCCAAGAUAACUUACAUUCCCCCAGCACCAGUAACUCGCAACGUUCAGGUUGUACAACCCCAGAUUACUUACAUUCCCCCAGCACCAGUAACUCGCAAUGUUCAGGUUGUACAACCCCAGAUAACUUAUAUUCCCCCAGCACCAGUAACUCCCCUGAUUGUUCAACAACUCAAGAAGACCUACAUUCCCCCAGCACCUGUAACUCGCUAUGUUCAUGUUGAACAACCCCAGAUAAGAGUCAUUUCUGUUAUGACAGUCAUUGAAAAUGUUGAUGGUGAUGAUGAUGAUGGUGGUCAUGUCGAGACACCAUCGCCACCAAGUUAA